AGUAAACACGGCUCUAAUAUACUGCAUGUAUCGCCGUCCAGCAGAUAACACGAAUUUUGAGUGAAGUGCUGGUGAUAUCUCAACGCGAGUAGUAUCUAUUGGUCUUACAACAUAUUUCAAACAGGUUGGCAUUAAUAUUGAUUUGACGAGGCCAGCUUUGAUUUGCAGUUUGAUCAUUGAAAAACUGACAACAUUUGGAUUACCAAUAUUGGCAAUAACGUGGAUUUAUAGCUGUUUUCCGUCGUGCGUUUGGAGCUAUUUCAGGACGAGGGAGGUUAAACCCGUCCCGGCUAUGGUUUAUGUAUAUUGUUGGUUUCCCAGGCUUUUUGCCUGAAGUAAGGACUAUUUGAUUUGUAUUUGCGAAGACCUGGACACAUGGUUACAGGAAUCACCUCCUGCAAGAUGUCCAAUCCCGUAGGAUGACCCGGACACGGUGCUUUAUUAACAAGAUAAACCAUGGUUAACAAUUCGGAGCGGAUUGUGGGAUGGGCAGAAGGCGGUGUCGGAGGGGUCACAAUGCUGCCCUUUCCCGUCCUAUCUGACGUCACAUACACAAGUAUGGAAAGAUUGAACGUUUCAAAUAUUACAGAUUUCGCCAACGUCACAAGGGAACGAAAGACCUUUUCCUUCACUGAACAGAUCAUAUUCGGCACCUGGUUGUCUAUAUCGAUGAUUUUAGCUAUAUUUGGAAACCUAAUGGUAAUAGCAGUGGUUGUACGACAUCGAGGCAUGCGCACUAGGACCAAUAUGUUCCUCGUUAGUUUAGCAGUGGCGGAUUUUUUAAUAGGAAUACUGCUGGCUCCAUUUUCAUUGGCGACAUUGAUAGCACAAGACUGGGUACUCGGACCUAGUUUGUGUACAAUCAACAGUUUUUUAAAUGCUGCAUGUUUCAUAACUUCUAUUCAUACCCUCAUGCAUAUAAGUAUUCAUAAGUACCUGUCAAUCACCCGUCCAUUGACACGGAUCACCAAAUGUAAAAUUCUCCUGAUGAUUUUUGCGGCUUGGGGAUGGGGCGUGAUGUGCGCCGCUCUGACCACCGUCAUCCUGUCCCACGCCGAGUUCAAAGAAGGCACCAUGCAAUGUGGCCCCGCCUACCCUGUGAUAACGACCAAGUCACUAUUGUUCCAUAUUAUCAUACAGACUUCGAAUAUAUUUCUGCCUCUCUUUAUCAUGAUAUUCGCAUACUCUCGUAUGUUCGGUGAGAUACGAGAACACAUGCAGAGAAUGGACGAGAACACUGCAAUGGAUAGAGCGCAGAUCUAUAGUCAACAGCGUCGGGUCACGAUCACAUUGUUCAUCGUGCUCGCCUGCUUUGUCUUGUGUUGGAUACCCUACUGUGUUUAUGCUAAUUACGUGACCUUUGAACCUGACAAAACGAAGUUCCCACCAUAUUUGAACGCUGUCGCCUAUUGUUUUGGGUACAUGAAUAGCGCGUGUAACCCAAUCAUCUACGCAUGGAGGAGCCCCUCGUUCCGGGAGGGAUACAAAGAAAUUCUCUGCCAGGAACCGUCCUAUGUCGUUAGCGAUGAACAUUAUGAGAUGCUUGAUAACCAGUCUAUUAGACUUUGGCGGUUCCCAGAUACAGUGUACGAAAGCUCACCAAAUCCACUGCGGCGGAUCUCCACCUUCAUAAGCUCCGUUCGUGGCUCCCGAUCCGAGGAAGUGGGACCAAAUUCCUUGAGGGGAAAUCACUAUGUCCGUCAAACAUCAACAGACUCGUCUUAUAAACUCCUACAUAAACUUACUGGAAAAACGAAAGCAAAGUCCGGCAGCUCCGUCAUACGAAGAGAUGGUUCAGUAAUUCUAGUUAAAAACGGCAAAAUUAUUUCCAUGAAAUUAGAUACAAAAUUACGAAAGAUGGAUAAUGAUGAAGCAUUUAUAUCUAGCCCGUCAACGGCUGGUUCUAAUGGUUCCAGAAUAAUAUGUAGCAGUCCACCUGGUUUAGAAGUCUUGCACGAACGAGAGUCGGACGGUAAUGCUACAGAAGGUCGACCUUUUUUUCGAAAUGGACGAUCAAACAGUAAAGAAAUGCAUUUUUUAUAUCCGAAGGGAGGUUCAAAUACUUGUAAUUCACUAUCAGAUAAUAGUGACUCUGAAUCAUUUCACGGGACAGAACAUUCCCCUCGUUCACGUUCAAAUUCAAAGAAUCAGGUCAAUGAUUUGUCUCAAGAGGUUGAUAUCGAAAUAAAUACGUUGGGAAAUAAGCUGACAGAUCAAAUAACAGACGAUAUUAAAUCGCAAAAUAAUAAUAUGGAGAAAAAGUCUCCGGCAGAAAAGAAAAAAAUAUCUCCUCUUCCUUGGCGAAAAGCUCAAACGAAACGCAAAAGUGACGCAGCUCCUUAUGUAAAUACUUCUCCAAAGUUUAAAGACAAUAGAGUUUACGCAAGAAGUUCAGAGGCCAUAUACUCUGUGCCUCUUCUAAAAGCACCAUCUGCUGAAGAAGUUACUACUGAUGCUAUAGUGUUACAUCGCAGCUCUAGUUUUUCAAGUGGCUUAACUUUUCUGUCUCCUUCCAGUUGUUACCCUUCCACAGCAAUUUCCUCCGAUCUAAAUUUAUCCGAUGGGUUUUCCUGAUAUAUAUUUGGCGUGGUUCGACAAAUUUUGUAUAAUUUAAGACAGACUGAUGUUGUUUUUAUGAUGUUUCUCCCUCUGCGUACGGGCAAAGGUCUACGCUAUACCAUAGAGAAUAAUGAUGUAUAUGACUCAAAUAAGUUUGGUUAAAGUUUGAAUAGUUCAUUUUUCCGGUCCCUCCUUUUAACGAUUGUGCAAGGUUUUUAGUUGUAGAAAGGUUUGCGAUAGAACAGUUUGUUGUAUAAAUUCUUCAAUUGAUAAUUGAUGUGUUUAAUGCUAUAACAUAUAUGAAGUUAAUAUGCCGGCAAAAAGGAUUUUUUGUAUAUUUGUUUUUGAAAACCCCCCAAAAAUACCCAAAGUAAACGAAGAGGUUCUCUCGAAUUUAGACCAAAGAAUCGAAUUCGGUUUUCUGUGUUCAAUAUAACUUGCAUAGUCUAUAAUAACUAAUCGUAUGCUAUGAUAAUUGUGUAUUUAGGUAUGACAAUCAAAUAUGAUAUUUAUUUUUCUUGGCGAAAUGUAAUUAUAACCUGACCACAAAGUCUUAUUUAAGUAUAUCAAUCAAUUUAACAGAUAUAUAUAUAUAUAAUAAUAACAAAUGCUUGUUUUUUUUUUUAUUCCCGUCGUUUUUGUUUGACCCGCUUGUAUACUGAUUAUUUAAAUGGCAGCCAUAAGAACAAUAAACUGUUACGUAAACAAGCAUGUGCUUGUGUAUAUGUUUUUUAUGAUAUUUUACCUGACACAUUCAUUCAAUGAUUUUCUCGAUAGGGUCAUUUCUUCUUACUGUGAUUAUUGAUGAGUUGUCUCCCUUAAAACACUGUUGAAAUCAUCAUCGUGUAUAUUUCAAACCCUCUGGUUAUUGAUAUAUCUAAAACAUGUAGAAGUAGUUAUUUUCAUAUCAGAGGGUUAUUGUAAUUAAAAUGUACACCUUUUCACUAUGGGUUGAACAAUAAAGCUGAUUUUAAAUGGCUCAAUUUGCGAUAGCCUCUAAAAAUCAAGAUACGUUCAAAAACUAUUGGUAAGGUGAUCUUUUAAACACAUUUUGAUUUUUAGCGAAUUUGUACACUUCAUCAAAGUAUGUUUUAUUCGUCAUUUAUUUGUAAUUGUACUCUAGAAUUUUCCUUAUUACCGAAAUCACAAGGUCAACUAUUUACACAACAAUAAAUUUGCUAACUGUAGAUAUUUUGAUGGAAAUAAAUUUCCAAUAUCUGUAAAACGUGAUAACGGCUACUCGAUAUUUGAUCUUUGCUUGUCGAUAUUUCGUCAAAUUUAUUAAAAAUUAUAAGCCUAUUGUUGAUAUCGUCGUCUCGCUGAAGGUUGACCUCAAAACAGGUUAAACCGAUUCAAUUACACUGUGAAAUGAUCAUAGCAGGCACAAAUGUCUUCAUAUAUAUAUUGAACGCCUCAUACCUAUACUUUAAUACUCCAAGUUAUGAGAUACUGAGCUUAAAACAAUUGUUUUUCAAGUUGAAUUUAAAAUUUAACUUGCUAUUUAUAUUUGAUCUUUAUUAAGAUAUGUAUAGUUCUGUUUUGUUGUAAUUUGCCAAAGAUUUUUGUUAAAGAUGUCUUAAUUUUUGUUUGUUUGAAAAACGUACUAAAAUUAUCACUAUAAAGCAAUUUUAUUUCAAGAUGGAUUGGUUCAAUUAUAAUUAGAAUCAUUUAUAUUUCCCAAAUGCAUUGAGAAUCAUAUCCUUUCAGAGUAUUGUUACCUAGUCGUAAGUCCGAACAUCAUCUGCCAACAUACUUUAUCCUAACUUCAUGUCUAUAUAAGCAAACUAUUUCUUUAUUGUAAAUCUCCUUUAAGAAUCUUGUUCUUUGUCGCCAGUCAUCCUGAACAUUAUCUGUCAAAUCCUUAAACUUAAUUUGAUGUCUAUACGACCAGAUGUAUUUUCUUACCUCUGUUGUAAAUUUCCCCUAAACUCUUGUUAUUAAUGUCCCAAGCCAGUCUAAACGUUGUUUAGAGAAGUAGUGGCAAUCAAUUGAGUUAAUAAGUAUUACAUGUUUUAAUUACAAUUAAUUAACUGUUAGUGCUGGUAUAUGUUCCUGCCAUGAUAACCAACCAAAGACUAGUACGUGUAUGUGUGUGUGUAGCCUUGUGAUCAGUGUGGUACCGGUGUGGUAGUCGCUGUCUAAUGUUGAAUAAAAUAUGAACUAAUUUUA